AUGGUCUUUCAGGCCUGUAAAUCGUACAGUGCUGAUGAGAGAAUGCGGGAACAGCGGACAACAAUGCCGCCGCUUCAAGAAGCAACAACGCGACCGGGGCCAGACCCACGAGGGCCACCGGGGCCACCAGGGCCACCCGGGCAACCAGGGAGAGAUGGCAUAUCAAGGCGAGGUGGGCCACCAGGGCCACCAGGGCCACCAGGGGUAGCGGGGAUACCUGGCCCAAAUGGGCCAGAAGGGCCACCAGGGGCACCAGGGCUGAACGGGAUACCAGGGGCACAAGGGUUACAAGGGCCACCGGGAGCGCGUGGCCCACGUGGGCCAGAAGGGCCACCAGGGCCACCAGGGCAAAAUAUAGGAGGAUGA